AUGCGUCGUCGCGCCGCUUUCACGUUUUUACACCACGCGCGUCUCUCGCGCUGCAGGUUCACGAGCGAUGCCUCUCGCGUUUCUCUCGCCCCGCUGCGCGUUCACGCGGACGACGCGCGCGAGAGAGACAAGGCGUACGUCGACCGUCGACGCGUGCGCGCGGUCGGUGGUUUCGGCGGGAGUGGGUGCGUGUCGUUCGCCCGGGACGGUGGCUCGCGGAGAAGACGCGGCGCGGACGGCGGCGACGGCGGACGCGGCGGCGACGCGGUGAUCACGGCGUGUGGACGGACGAAGGGGCUGGGUGAGAUUAAAAAUUUGUUAAUGGGAGGACGGGGGAAGCCAGGCGGGAGUCAAGGGAUGAUUGGGUCGAGAGGCGAGGACGCAAUCGCGACGGUGCCGCUCGGGACGGUGGUGUGGCGAGAGCGCUUUGAGGAUGACGGCGAACAUCCGGACGUCGUGGACACGUCGAAUUGGGGAACAUCUACGCCAGUUGCGAUGAAUGACGACGAUGGUGAUGGAGAUGGAGGAGCGUCGACGAGCACGCGACGCGAGGGUGGAUGGACGCGACCGAGAGGUCUCGGUCGAGGCGCGUGGGAAAUCGUCGCCGACUUGACGGCUGAGGGACAGACGUGCGUGCUCGCCGCAGGUGGACGCGGUGGCAAGGGAAAUAGACGCAUGCCCGUGGGAAAAGAAGCGGGCACGCGCGAGCCGGGUGAACCCGGGGAGGAGGGAUCGUACGUGCUUGAGCUGAAAUCCGUCGCCGACGUUGGUUUGAUUGGUCUGCCGAACGCUGGGAAGAGCACGCUUCUUCGGGCGCUGUCAAACGCAACCCCAAGAGUGGGCUCGUACGCGUUCACGACGAUGCAGCCGCAGCUCGGGGCGAUCGAACGAUCGAAUGGGACAUCCAUAACCGUCGCCGAUAUCCCGGGCCUGAUCAAGGGCGCGCACGAAAACCGAGGACUGGGUCAUAAUUUCUUGCGACACAUUGAGCGGUGCGAGGCGUUUGCGUACAUCGUCGACGUCUCGUGCGGCGACAGCGUGAAACCGUGGGAUGCGCUCGAUGUGCUCAGGAAAGAACUCGAGGAGUACUUGCCCGGGUUAUCGUCGCGGCCGGCGUUCGUGGUGGCGACGAAAACGGAUUUGCCGAACACGUCGAGAGCUUUGAAGACGCUUCGAGAGCGCGCGAAACCGUUGCGCGUUUACGCGGUUUCGGCGCUCACGCGCGACGGCACAGAUGCCGUUCGCGCCGCGAUAGACGAAUUCGGCGGCGAUAAAGACGGGUGGGCGUAG